AUGGCCCAAUUGGUGGGUGAUGAAAUCAUUCGCGUUGUACCGCCUUUAUCUCUCCAGAUAACUUCUCAAUGCCGGAGCUGUCUCGCGUCGUUGGAACUGAUAGUGAUGUCAUCGAAGAAUGUGUGGUCGGUCAGGUUUACAGCUUCAGGUUUGAACGUCCGCGCCGGUAUCACCACCACAAACCCGAGGAACAGUCGAGGAUGUGUAGGUCGAGUUGCUAUAUACCAUUUGGACGAAACCGACAGAAACCGUGAUACGUGUGUCAUAGUUGGGAAUCCUUUUUGGCACGCGGACCUUCCCUGCACUACAGGUUAA